AUGCAGGCCCCAGACAAAGCCCCGAAGACCCCGAAGAAACGCUCUUUGCCCUUGCAGGUCCAGGAUGCCUCGGUCUUCUGCAUACAGGAGAUGAUUCUUCACCAUCCGGCUUGCGUGGCAGACUAUGCGGAGGUCGUGGCCUCCAAGUUCUUUGAGGUCUCCGGGCGCGCCGGCCCGGAUCGCAGGCUGACCGUGGGCCUGGCGCGAGCUCUAGACCAUCUCUUGGCCUCCAUCGAGCCGCUGAGAGCUUUGGAGAUCCUGCUACCGCAGGUCUCGCAGAACUUCGAUCUGCUUUGUGCGGCGCUGCGAAGGCUCCGACCGGAGCAGAUUCUCGAGCACCUGAACGUCAUCGUCGCGCCCAUCGUGGCUGCGGCGGAGACCGACUCCGCGGAGACGCGUAAGGCGGCCAUCUUCAGCCUGGUGGACCUAUAUUUGAUCGUGGGAGAGGAUGUUAUGAGCUACUUCCGCCAGGAGCUUUCUCCUAGCCAGCUCAAGUUAGUGACACUGUAUGCCGAGCGGCAGCAGUGCGACAGCAAAGGGGCUACAGUCGAAGCAGACUGA